AUGGAAUUAAACAAGUCAAAUAUAAUGGUUGCAACCGAUGGGUCAUAAGCCUCGAAAUAAGCAUUCUUUUAAGCUGUGGAGUUCUUUGAAUAUAAGAACAUUUUCAAUCAAAUCAUUGUAGCACAUGUUUCAGAUCAAUAAAAAUCAUACUUGCCAUUUGAAUUCUAAAGCACAACAAUUUAUGAAGAUUACAAAAUUGAAUUGUUAUCGAGGUAUCCAGAAGCAAACUACUAAUUAGUGUUUUAGGAGAAAGCAUAAGGACAGGAGAACAUUAGAAAUUAAAUCUUGACAAUAGCAGGAGAUUUGAAUGUCGGUUAUCUGAUAGUCGGAUUUAAUGGGAGAAAGGGAAUCAAAUAGGAUGUCACAAUUUUAGGAUAGACAGUGAGAAAUUCAGUGUACAAUAGUAAAGUGCCCUUGAUUGCUGUUAAGAAACUCUAUAAAAGGGAUGAAACUAAUGGCUUUAAAUUCGUAGUUUGCAUAGAUGGAUCAAAGAAAUCUUAUAAAUCAUUGGAAAGUGCAGUGGCCUUGUCCUUCGAUGAGCGUGAUAGUUUGUUGAUAUGUUUUGCUCCCACUCCUGAUAGAGAGGCAUUUGGAACAACUAUUAAAACAAAGGUGGAAGAGUUUAUGGCUAAAUUUCAAAGAAAAUGGGAAUAUAAAUAAUUGGAUUCAUCCUAUAGAGCCAUAGAGAAUGUGAUUGAUAUGAUAAACAAUUCCGAUGAUCUCGACUUCGUUGUAUUUGGAUCUAAUGGGUAUAGAGCUCAAUUAGAAAACAAGACAUUUUUUGGUUCAACAGCUGAUGAAUUGUUAAAAAAGGCAAAGGCAAACAUAAUUAUGGUACCUUGA